CUAAACGUUUUAUCAUAAACAACUUGUUUGCAAAAAAAAUUCCGCUCUAAUGAACGAUAAUUUUUGCAAAGGUACAGAUAAUCUCCUUCCGCAAAGAAACGGCAAACAGUAAACCAAUUAAAUCGCCGAUAUCGAAUUCUUAAACAAACUAAAAUUAUCAAUAAAUUCCAUUUACGUCAACGAUUAAUUUAUCGACACCCGAUUAAAUAAUGCAAGUCUAAUUUAUCGGACCCCAUCCGACGCUCGAUUAAAUCCAAAUCUAUCGUUCUAGAGGUUCCAUUAAACAUGUACACCCAAACGAUACAAGAAGAGGCCAAACUGGACGCCAUGCAAAGGCACUGGCUGCAACUCCGCCGAGGCCCCAGCUCUUCCACGGCCUUCUUCGAGGCUGCCAGCGGAACCGAGAACUUGUUUUCCUUGCCAUUGCAAAAUUCUCUGGUUGACGUUCAGAGGAGCGCGUGUUUGCCAGUUUUUAAAAAUUUGAGCUGUGAUUUGGACAGUGAUUCUGAAUUGUUAGACUUACAAGACUUGAAGCAACCGAAAUGCGAGAAACCCGCGAGGGAGCCGUUGGUGUUAAACGCCUCCGUGUUGGGCGACAUACCGGGCGUUUACACCGUAUGCGCCUUGGAGCCCCAUCAGCUCCCCGUGGCCGGCGUCUACAUCGACAGGAGCAUCGUUCCCGGUUUCAAAUACCGCGUGAGACCUCUGCCGGCCGUCGGGGCGCCUUCGACGAUCAACGGAUGCCUGUUCGGCGGCCGGGCCUUGACCCUCAAGUCGAUCGGAAGAGGCUACGCCAGACGGUUCACCUUCCACGACGACAAAUCGUUGAUCCGCGACGAGGAUUGCUACUUUUGGAGCGACAACCGGCCGGAGGGCUACGCCUUCGAGCCGGAACUGCUCUCCGAAGGCGACGAGUUCACGAUCUUCAAUUCGAACGGCGAGCCCGAAGGCACCGUCGAAGUGCUUACGUUGGAGGGUCCGCAAAUCGAGAUUUUUAGCUCGGUGUCGGGCGGCGGCGUGGCGAAAAAGGCCGACGUCCGGUUCACAGGUAAAGUCGAGUAUUACGAGACCGGCGUGGCCAAGCCGAUGCACCUCGACGGGACGGUCUCGGCGCGAUUGGUCGCCGGCCAAUCGAGCGCCCGGAUCGUUAAAGUGACCGGCGUGAAGAUAGGACGGCGGCGAUUCUACCUGUUGCCGGGCGUGCAAAAGAUCCAUAGAAGGGUGACGGUGAGAGGCGGCGACAUUAAGGACGUGCCCACCAAGUACACCAUGACCGGGCUCGAAUCGUACGAGCUUCCCGUUGUAGGUACUUACGUGGACCCGAGAAUAACGCCGGGAUUUUGUUACAAAGUGCGGCCGAACGACAGGAAGGAGCGGCUGUUCAACGGCGAAGCGCUGAAAUUGAUGAGCAUCGGUAUGGGGUACGCUAAACGUUUGACGUUCGAACCGACGAGUUUGGUGAAUCCCGACAAUUACUUGUGGUCCGAUAGCCAUCCGGACGGUUUGGGUUUGGAGCCCAGGGCGGUGCACAAAGGUAUGAAAUUCGACGUUAAAGCCGGCGAUAUCGUACUGGGCGAGGCUGAAGUUUUCAGAGACGAUCUACCGCAAAUCGAAGAACAAACUGAAAAGAUUAAAACCGCUAACGGUACGGCGAUUCAAAAGUACAUUUACGUGGACGUGUUCUGUCACGUUCGAUUGGCGAGGACCGGGGGCGCUUCGACUGAAAACGAGGAGUAUCUGAUGCGCGUGUCCGGAUUGGCGGUGGUAAGAAAGGAGCCCAAAGAGCACGAAGCGAAGGUGAUCCGAGUGGAACACGUCGGGUUGGAUUCGCAUCUGCUGCUCAUCUUCGCCCAGACGCACACCGAACUGACAUUGGUACCCAAGAGUUCUUAA